AUGGCAGAGUUUGGCAUGCAGCAGACAAAGCUUCCGACAGAGAUCAUUGUCAUGGUCUUGUCAGAGCUCACUCAUGCAGAGGCAUGGAGACUGCGCAUUCUGUGCUCUACGGUCAACGACUGGGUGCACAAUGUUCUGGUCAAGCGCGCACUCCAGUCCUCGUCCCUGGUUGCUCGCUCGCCUGCCAGCUUUAUAUUCUACGAGGCUCCGGAUUCUGUCCACGGAUUACGCUUUUCUUUCCUCCAGAAACACGGCUCAUCCGCCAUAUUCCAAGCAAGAACAACCGAAAAACGUGAAUUGGAGCUCUUUCACCAAAAGACAUAUCUGCAUAUUGUCGCACAUUUAUCCAACAACCAUGACCCCAUCAUCAUCCGUCACCUCAAGGUCAAGGAACUCUCCCUCGACAGAGACUCCAUGACCCUCCAGUGCAAUUGGAGAAAUCUCCUCACCUCUGCGUUUAACAUGUCUGCUCGCCAGAGAGUCGACCAGGCCCAGUCAAUCCGUCCCCAGUACGUAUGGCAGCCCGCCAAGAUCGACGGAAUGCCCGGAAAAUGGCGCAAAGGCCUUUCGUGGCUGCACACCGAGUCCCAAGGUGAACAAACCUCGAAUUUGUCUUGUAAUUUCACAUCUGACCUCGAAUCCAAUUAUUUAGUCUCAUCAGCAUCUCAGCGCUCCAGCUCGACUACGUCCAGCAGCCAGCAUAUGUACGGCCUAGUCGCAUAUGAAUCCGCUUCGGGAACCACAUCCGGCUCUCAAGGCUCGACUCGGGGCACCCAGUCUUCGCACUCCAACUUGACCCAGGUUACAAACGUCACGCAUAUCUCCACCACAUCCCACGGAAGCUCGAGUCUCUUUUCCUCUUCCCAGCUCUCCCAGAUCAACGUCGUCCCCCAGUCUUCUCCCCCGCGACACGAUGGCCGAUUCACGACCAUGCCCGAAGACACCGGUCUAUCCAUCCUCAACUCGAUCUCGGUCUACCAGGACAGCAGCUGCAGCUCUAACCCGAGCCAACGACCGUCAGGCGAAGGCAGUCGCAGCUCGAUCCUCGAUAACCUCGGUCUGGACGGCACCAAGCUCAACCCGGCACCCACAGUAGACGACGACGACGACGACGGCGCGCCCGGUCCGUCCAGCCCGCCCGCCCGGAACAGCGCGUCUGAAACGCAGAUCACCGUCGUGAACCGGUAUACGCUCGUCAUUGGUCCCGAGGAGCCUGCGGAUCGGGAACGGUCCCCGCCGGCGGUAGCUUCUUCGCCCAUGUCCGAGUCCCUGUACACCCAAAGCGCCACGAUUCGUCCGGCUCUGCGCGGGGGCGGAUCGUCUCCCUUGGGAGUUUUGGAAGAGGAGGAUUCGGAUCAAGGCGAGGAUGGGGAUGGGGAUGGGGAUACGAGCUAUGUGCUCGCGAGUGAGCAUGAUGUCAGCCGAAUGCUGGUCCCCGACGACGAAUUCGAGGACGAGCUCGGGGACCAAGGUGCAAGUCGAUGCGAAGACCCCAAAGAGGACGAAACCGAAACGCAACCGGACGACAUUCUGCUUCCCAUCGCUCGAUGCAGAGAGCUAGGCCGCACCGACUCGAAGUCGAGCGUUCCUGACUCGCAGGCUACCACGCUCGAAGGGACCGACAGUAUCGGAUACGCCCAGAGCCAGACGCACAGCUUCAUGACCGACGCGACCGACGUCGAAGUCAUCAGCGUCUACUCGCUCGACGAAAAGGAGAGGAGAAUGCGCACGGUGCUUUCCGACGAUGCGUAUGCCGCGAGUGCGUCGAUGAAACUGGGGGAGACCAGGUCGCUUCCAGUUCUUUCUCGGCCGUCUACCAGAGUGAGUCCGCGGUUGACUCUGUCCCCCGAGGCUCGCAAGGUGCGGCCCCGUCGUGAUACUGGGCUGUCGACUAGCUCGCUCCCUGUGCCUCCGUCGGAUGUGGAGACGGAAGAGGACUUUUAA